GUGCGCGGCGCGGGGCCCCGGGCCGGAUCUCUCGCGAGGAAGGACGCCAUUAUCGCAGCCGCCGCACAAAACACCACGAGAACUCGGCGCCCGCCUCACACGGAGUGCAUGCCUGGGGAGCUGCAGUGGUGCCUCAGGGGUUGUGCUGCUGCUUCUGAAUGAUGUCAGAGCAGGAUUUGGCAGAUGUGGUUCAGAUUGCUGUUGAGGACCUGACUCCAGAUAAUCCAGUUGUGUUGGAGAACCAUGAGGUGGCAGAUGAUGAUGUGGAACCUGCCCUGAAACGUCAGAGGAUAGAAAUCAACUGCCAGGACCCCUCUAUUAAGUCGUUCCUGUACUCCAUCAACCAGACCAUAUGCCUGAGGCUGGACAGCAUCGAGGCCAAGCUGCUGGCACUGGAGGCCACCUGCAAAUCCCUGGAGGAGAAGCUGGACCUGGUGAUGAACAAGCAGCACAGCCCCAUCCAGGUGCCCAUGGUGGCCGGGUCCCCGCUGGGCGCCACCCAGACCUGCAAUAAAGUGAGAUGUGUUGUCCCUCAGACCACGGUGAUCCUCAACAACGACCGGCAGAAUUCCAUCGUGGCCAAGAUGGUGGGGCAGGAGGAGCCACUGAGCAGAGCAGCAGAUUCCCUGGAGAACAUCCUCAGCAACGCGGUGCCGGCGCGCCGGCAGAACACCAUCGUGGUGAAGGUGCCCGGCCAUGACGACAGCCACAACGAGGACGGCGAGAGCGGCUCCGAGGCCAGCGACUCUGUGUCCAACAGCGGCCAGGUGGGCAGCCAGAGCAUCGGCAACAACGUCACCCUCAUCACACUCAACUCUGAAGAGGAUUACCCCAACGGGACGUGGCUGGGGGACGAGAACAACCCCGAGAUGCGCGUGCGCUGCCCCAUCACGCCGGCAGACAUGCUGCACAUCAGCACCAACUGCCGCACGGCCGAGAAGAUGGCCCUGACCCUGCUGGAUUACCUCUUCCACAGGGAGAUCCAGGCCAUCUCCAACCUCUCAGGCCAGGGCAAGCACGGCAAGAAGCAGCUGGAUCCUCUCAUGAUCUACGGGAUUCGCUGCCACCUGUUUUACAAAUUUGGCAUCAGCGAGUCGGACUGGUACCGCAUCAAGCAGAGCAUUGACUCCAAGUGCAGGACAGCCUGGAGGAGGAAGCAGAGGGGGCAGAGCCUGGCUGUGAAAAGCUUCUCCAGGAGAACUCCCUCAUCCUCCUCCUACAGUGGCUCAGAGGGAUCCCAGAGCUCAGUGUCAGCCUCCAGUGAGAUGCAGCAGAACCAGCCCCAGGCCCUGCACUACGCCCUGGCCAACGCUCAGCAGGUCCAGAUCCACCAGAUUGGAGAGGAUGGACAAGUGCAAGUAGGCCAUCUCCACAUAGCCCAGGUGCCCCAGGGAGAGCAGGUGCAGAUCACCCAGGACAGUGAGGGAAAUCUGCAGAUCCACCAGGUGCACGUGGGGCAGGACGGGCAGGUGCUGCAGGGAGCCCAGCUGAUCGCGGUGGCCUCAGCAGAGCCCACGGCGGGCGGUGUGGACGGGUCCCCCCUGCAGGGCAGUGACAUCCAGGUGCAGUACGUGCAGCUGACCCCUGUGACAGAGCACGCUGCCUCCAGCCAGGGCACUGACUCCCUUCAAUCAGCAAUGCAGCCAGAAAUGCAGAUAGAGCACGGAGCAAUCCAAAUCCAGUGAGCACUGUGGGGAGCUGGAAAAAAAAACAAAAAACCAACAAAACCCCAAACUCAGAAGCUCCAGCCUCACCUGGAAUGAUCCCAACCUCAGCAGAGCUGCAGCACCACACCAAGCCCAGUCCUUGCAAACUGAAAUGCACUCAGAGGACAAAGCCAGCCCUGGACAGGAGGAGAACUCUGCUGCAGCCAAAGUGUGAAAAUGGAAUCUGCACAAGUCUGGGAGCUGCUGCCCUGCUUGGCCAUCAACCCCAGAGCUCAGAUCUUUUUCACUGUUGGAACAGCCUUUUUUUUUUUUUUUUUAAUUUGCUAUGGUGUUUAUAACAAAAAAAAAAAGGAAAAUAUUUAAAAAAAGGAGAAAUCCCUUGAGAGCAAGUCUUGGCCUUUACUGGUGUUUUCUGUUCAGUGUCAUGAAAACUGUAUUUGACUAACACUUCUGUUUGUACUGUCGCUUAACCACUUUUCUAGGGGAAAAUGCUUUAAAAACGCUGUAAUUAUGCAUUUCUAAUGAAAAAUAAAUGUGUAUUUAUGAAUA